AUUUUCCCCUCUGGCAGUGAUCAGUGAUCAUGUUCUGCUGAACGCGGCCUUCAGUAAAAUAUCGAUCAGCAGCAACUAUCGAUGCAGUGUUUUGCAACAUGUACAAGCCGUUUGGGUGCCUCGAUUUCUACAGCGUUUUGGGUGUGGAUAGAGACGCCUCGGUGGAGGAAAUCAAGGAGGCCUUUCGUCAGCUGGCCUUGCGCUAUCAUCCCGACAAGAGCAGAUCUCGCGCUACGGAAGAAAAGUUCAAGAUAAUUCUACACGCCUACAAUGUGCUGACGGACGAAUAUCAGAGAUAUAAUCACGACAAUGAUCUAAGGCGGAGGCAGGAUCGAAACUUCAACAGAACCCAUCCGCGCCAGGAGGAGACGGAUCAUAGACAGGAACCAAGUCUCAGCCAGAGAUUUUGGAGGUGGCUGAUUCCGGACUGCAUUUUUGUGGUAUUUAGCCAGUUGAGGCUGUGGCUUACGACAUACUGCCAGUUGGGAUUCAUCUUUGCGAAGUCUGGCUACAGAAAAUGCUGCCAGCGGGCAACGGUGCUCCUCAUCAAGCUAGGGCCAAAAGUUAAGGAAUGUGCUGUCGGUUUGGGAGGGACAGCAGCAGUACUGGUCAAGUGGUCUCUAUGUGCCUUUAUCAAAUUGUUUUGGUGGAAUAUUAAGCAGUUGAUGGCAGAGCUGUUCUGGGCCUUCGUAAGGGCACCUGGCAGCCCCAUCCAAAAGCUCAUAUUUGUGGGCUUCGCCUGGCAGAUCGCAAUUCUAGGUCACGACAUGGGGGCUUGGCCUUGGGUAGGUUGGCUAAUGCUAAUGAUAAUACAUUUCUCGUUGAUUUUCGUUAUGUUUGGGGUAAAAAGUAUUAUAUUCAUACUCUUAAACACAAUUCCAAGUCCAUCAUUAUUAUAA